AUGGAGCCGAGAACUGCUGAGGAGGCCUUUAAUGCUGAGCUAAUCAUAUGGGAGGAUCUCAGCCGACGACUUGUUAGUUACUUCGAACUAAAAAGACGAAGCAGCUUCGCUGCAGAUGUUUGUGUACUUAAGGCACAAGAGAGUGUCGAAGCUGAAAUGACUAGAUUGGAGACUAUCAGAAGUAAGAAGAGACAAUUGGCCGAGCAAGAGAAGCGCAACUUAAAUGCGGUGGAAGAGGAGACGUCAAAACAUGGACGAGACCGCAGUCAAUAUCAAGUAUUACCGCCAGCUAAUGACGAAAAGAAGAAGAAGAAAAAGAAGGUUCACAAGGUAGGUUUAAUGUUUAAAAAUUUUUCAUAGUUUGGCGAAAGCUUUCUUUACAAAACAUAAAAUGGCAAAAACUUUCUCUACAAAAGAAGAAAUAGCAAGGACUUUCUUUACAAAACAUAAAAUGGCAAGAACUUUCUUUACAAAAGUAGAAAUGGCAAGAGCUUUGUUUACAAAACAUAAAACGGCAAGAACUUUCUUUACAAAACAUAAAAUUGCAAGAACUUUCUUUACAAAACAUAAAAUGGCAAGAACUUUCUUUACAAUAGUAGAAAUGGCAAGAACUUUCUUUACAAAAGUAGAAAUGGCAAGAACUUUCUUUACAAAAGAAGAAAUGGCAAGAACUUUAUUUACAAAACAUAAAAUUGCAAGAACUUUCUUUACAAAACAUAAAAUGGCAAGAAUUUUCUUUACAAAACAUAAAACGGCAAGAACUUUCUUUACAAAACAUAAAAUGGCAAGAAUUUUCUUUACAAAACAUAAAACGGCAAGAACUUUCUUUACAAAGCAUAAAAUUGCAAGAACUUUCUUUACAAAACAUAAAACGGCAAGAAUUUUCUUUACAAAAGAAGAAAUGGCAAGAAUUUUCUUUACAAAACAAUUUAUAAAUAUUUUUUCAGAACUUGGACUAA